CCCCCUUCUCUGCUCGAAGAAAAAGCAAAUGACAAAAUAGAAGGAAAAGAAGAAAGGCUAAAGAUGCGACACACACACACACACACACACACACACUCGCACAUACGCAAAAGGCGGCAUUGACAGGAUUGGGCCUGCUUUUCCAUCAUCCCCCGGGAUCCAAAACGUCCGACGUCGUCCACAAAACCCGCCAAGAGUCUUCCUCAAGGGAAUGUCGCUUCUCGGGAUUGUCGAAGCUUUUCCUUACUCUUUUUUUCUUUCUUUUUUUUCUUCCCUUCUCCCCUUCUUCUUUUCUUUUUCUUCUAUCGUUGCACGUCGUCUUGGCCGGUCGGCACGAUCGGCGCCGAGACUCGUCGUUCCUGUUCCCGCCCCAGGACCUCCCUUCCCGACCUCACGAGCCCUUGCUAAGCAUUUUUUUUUUUUUUAUCCUCAUCUUCCUCUUUCCCCCCUUCUCUCUCAUGUCUUCGUCGGCUUGCAGGUCUCUGGGCUAGAGCAGCCAAGAGUGGCUAAGCCAGCAGAUGACUUAUCCUUCUCUCAUUCUCUCCGAUUUUGCCUCUUUCGUGUGGUCCGGGUCCCUUUUCCUCCUCCACUGACCCUUCGUCUCAUCGUAUGCCAAGACUUUGGAGCAAAGGCAUAUAUCCCGCCUCUCGAUGCGACCUCCGGUCCGGGGGGAGGAAAUCGAUCGUCAUUGGAUGGUUCACUUGUGAUGCUUGUUUGACCUGUCUCUCUAAAUCAACUGCCCCCAUGUUCCACCAACCCCCCCCCCCCCCCCCC